UCUCGUGAAUGAAUGAAAUCAUCUGUCUGAGACAAUAUUUUGUAAUUUAUAAAUAAUAAUAAUAAUUUGUGUGAUUUCUCGUUGCAAAAAUUGUGACACGGUUAUUUAAGGACAUUAAAACGUGCAAUUAAUGAUGUUGUCCUGCAAGGGUACAAAGUUCUAGUAAAAUAAUUGGUUUCAAAGUCGGUUUUUUCGUCCAAAUAUUUCAGAUGAUGGUAAAUGAUAAAUAAUAAAAGAUGCUGGAAGGGUUAGCUACUUGGGUCCUAAAUAACUAUUUAGGAAAAUAUGUACAGCUAAAUACAGACCAACUAAGCAUAGCAUUACUCUCAGGUCAAGUUGAGCUGGAAAAUGUACCUUUGAAAACAGACGCUUUAAGCCAACUAGGCCUACCAAUUAGGAUAAGAUCUGGCUUUAUUGGGAAAGUAAAGUUACAGAUUCCAGUUAGGCAAAUUCGAUCAGCUCCUUGGGUCAUAUCUUUUGAGCAACUGUAUGUUGUUGCUAGUCUUUUGCCUUUAGAAGAGUGGGACCAUGACAGUGAGCAAUCAAUACAGCAUGACGUAAAAAUAACAGCCCUAGAUAAUUUAGAAGCGAAAUGGCGAAUGGAAAAAGAUUUGAAAGACAGUAAUUAUUAUGCUUCUAGUUAUUUUUCUUGGUAUAGUUAUAGUACGGGGUUUGUAAGCGAAAUUUUGGAGAAUAUUCAGCUCAAAAUAAAAAAUGUGCACAUACGCUAUGAAGACUCGUUCAGUGUCCCGGGACAGACUGUGGCUUUUGGCAUUACUAUUGAUUCUCUCACAGCACAGAGCUGCGAUAGUAAUUGGACGCCAGGGCAGACGCAAUCCAGUCAAGGGACACAUUCCUUUAAAUUAUUGGAACUGGAAGAGUUUGCUCUUUAUUGGAUGAAAAUCAAUCCGGAAGAAAGCUAUGUUGGUUUGGGGGUGUCGCAAUUAGCAGACCUAAUGUCAACCAGCAAAUCGAAAAACAAAAUAAGAGACUACAUAAUACCAUCAGUAAGUGCGCAGGCGCACUUGAAGAGAAACAAGAGCACGCAACCCCUUCGUUCCAGCUCUACUCCUAGAAUUAUCUGUGAUUUAUUAUUAGAAGAGGUCCCUCUAAAACUCGUCGAUUGGCAGUAUAACCAAAUAGUUGCUUGCACCAAAGGAUUAGAAAACAUUUCUAGGCUCCGAGGUUACCGGAGAUAUAAGCCUUGCUCCUCGGUCAAGGAAGAUUCCAGGGCGUGGUGGUAUUACGCAAUCAGUUGCUUUUAUCCAGGGGGACAGCCUGCUCUUUGUAGGCCACGACCAACUUGGGAAAGAAGCUUGGAGAUGGCUAGACAAAAUGUGAAAUAUGUUCAAGUUUAUAAAAAGCUACUUAUAACGCCAGCAGUGGCCUUAACUGCAGAAGAGAAGAAAAUUAAAGAUCAAGUAGAAUGGGACAGAGAAUAUGAGGACUUACGGGCGCUUAGAGAGGUUGCCAUGAAUUCCGUCACUCUUCCAACUAACAAUACAUCACAAAGUCCUUCAAGGGGUCGUAGUAUGUUGGAGAGUUGGUUUCCCCAAUGGAUGGGUUGGUAUUCCACGUCUUCCGCGGAAAGCCCGGAAAGUGGACAGUUAGAGGGAGAAAUUUUACAAGUGCUUGCAGAUACGGCUGAAAAUAACACAGUCUUUAAACGAGAUGCGGUGUUUGGUCAGUUUACUUUUUGUUUGAAAAAUGGCACAUUAAGUCUUUGUACACUGGAUAAAGAAAUUGAAGAGAGCUCUCCGAUGAUCGAACUUGAGUUUAAAAACCUUUUAUUAACACUCUCAAGUAAACCCAGGAGUUCCUCUCAUACUAUAGAGCUUAGUUUAGAUGCACUCUAUCUUAAAGAUAGAAUAACUAAAGAUACUUUGUUUCCCAUACUUGUUGGGCCUCCUGGCCACGAUCGGACCUCUAUAGCUUUAAGGGGCAGGCCUUACGGCGGUCCCAGUCCCAGAAACUUAAGUUUUACGAAAAUUGACGAGGCUGAGCAGCAACUCUUCUAUUUAGUUUACGAGAAGAAACCUCCGCAUUCGGGCUGUGAUUAUCGCUUAAAUGUAAAAACGAAAUGCCUAGACGUAGUAUAUCAACCAAAUGCGGUUAAAUGGCUUACCAAUUUUCUAUGUUUCCCCCAUCAAAGGAAUAUUACCCAAUCUAGAAUAGAAGCUAUGAAAUCCAAAACCAAAAAAGAAAUUUUUAAAAAUUGGGAGCAGCUUUUAGAAGGCAGAGUGGUUACCCGUAGCUCUUGGGAAUUGGAGCUCGAUAUUUCCGCUCCACAAAUAAUCUUUGUCGAGAAUUUCACGGAUCAAAACUCUGCUAUGGCUGUGAUAGACUUUGGAAGACUGCAAUUAAAAAAUAAUAUUUCUAGUAAUGAGCCGCCCGCGAAACCUGAAUUCAUUGCUAAAGAGAGCGAAGAAGAUGAGACGUUUUUAACUCCUUGUUCAACACCACCGGUUAGUGAAAACAGUGACGAAUCGGAUGAGAGAACUUUGGACCAAACAUCACAAAUUGACGAGUUACCUGAAUUUAAACUUGACGAGACUAAUUUUCAUAAUAAGCUGUACGAUUGUUAUAGCUUAGAUUUGAGCGAUUUGCAAAUAUUGAUUGGCAAAGCUAAGGAAAAUUGGAGAUAUGCCUUGAAUAAAGGAUCGUCAACUUUGCACGUAAUUGACAGAUUUAAUAUUUCCUUGCAAAUCGAGAGGCGGGUAAUUUACACAAACGACCCGCUAUAUCCUAGUCUGACCCUUAAUGCCAAUUUACCUAAGUUAGUUGUUCAUUUAAACGAAAAUAAAAUUUGCUCUGCAAGGAAUUUAUUACAACUGAUUUUAUCUACCGGACUUCCAAGUCCUAUUGGGGCACACGAUGGCUUAGAACAAGAUACUGUAGAUGGUGGACAGGACAAUGAAGACAGUGUUAGUAUGGAUACCAGUGUGGCGAUGUGCAGACUUUUAAUGAUGCAGUUUACGAUUGAUCAGCUCUCUUUGGAAUUGCAAAGCAGAGGUCGGGCUGUAGCCGAGCUCCAAGUGGCAAGCGUGAAAGUAGCAUUUACUAAACGCGCCGUAGAUACUAGCAUAACGUUAACAGUUCACAGUUUACUUUUGGUAGACGCUCUGCAAACGUUUGGACCGGAUUUUGAGCUGCUGGUCGCGAGCCAUAAGCACGUCGGUAUGGACUCAAUGUCGGGUAGUAUUAGGGAUAGCGAACCGACUUCGCCGACCUCGCCCGAUAGUCCAGAUCCGAAUAUUAUUAGACAAGGAGCCACUUCCCCGAUGGCGCUCACUCAAGCGUUGAGCACUCUUUCCUCUGAUCCUCCCAAAUGGCCGGGAGCUUUACGAGAUGGCGUUUUUAUGGACAGUGAGGCGCUGAUUACAAUAGAGAUCUGUUUGGUGUCUGGAAGCGAACCAGUCCAAAUCGCCAAUGUUCAAUUUAACAAUUUGGAUAUUAUCGCUAACCAGGAAACUAUCGUAGAACUGGUCGGAUUUGUAAGAAGGGUUUUCCCGAAAUCUCAACGACCGUCUGGAUUUAGUUUGCCCACUGUAGCUCCUUCAAGCAUCAGAGAGUCUACAGAGUCUCUAGUGGAAGGUCCCAAAGCAACUAUAGCUGGGUCAACUGAACUAACUUUCGACUUUCACCGUUUGAACGUUCUGCUCCUGAGAGGAGUGGUGCGCGAUGGAAUGUUAUAUGGUAAGAAAAUCUGCACCGCCACAAUGAGCGAAGCCAAAAUUCACGCAACUGUUCAUGAAAAGUUGGUUGUUGAAGGAUCUUUGGGAGGUUUGCAGGUAUUAGAUCUGACUCCUGAAGGACACAUGCAUCAGCGAAUUAUCAGUGUAGGACAAGAUCCGCUCCUGGAGAUGCCCCAUCCGCUUUAUAUGAUGACGGGCACUCAGGAGAACGACACAAAAGCGUUUAGCUUUAAAGUGGUCAGAAAUUUACAGAACUUUGCUAGAGAUAAGGAUACAGCCGAUGUAACGAUUAGAAUGGCUUCGCUCUGGUAUACGCAUUCGCCAUUAUUUGUUGUCGAACUACAGAGUUGUGCCACAGAGUUUAAGCAGUAUUUGGCGAAUUUGGCAAGAUCGAUUCGUACAGCUGCCACCGACAUGGCCUUGGGACUGGUGCAUGCGCGAGCAGAAGCUUUAGCCCAGUCGUUGAAUAUGAAUAAACGUCUGUCAAGCUCUAUUUACGGCAGCGCCCUCUCUAUCUCCGAAAGCGCAUCGCCGGGACGUCGCAGACGUAAAAGUAGCAGCUGUGAAGCCAGCGGGUACACUUCUGCCAGGGAAACGAUUUCACAAACCCCGUAUAGCCCCGAAGAGGACGACGCAUUUACUAUAGAUGUGAACUUGGACAUAGAACUAGACAGUCCCGUUUUAGUACUACCCAGAUCCAGUGCCAGUUCAGAAGUAUUUGUCGCACAUUUAGGCAAAAUUCGGAUAUCCAACAGUUACAAUAGUACUCAGGAUACACACCUUAAUAAUGGUUAUUCAUUUGGAUAUGAUGAGUUUAGAACAGAGCACUACGACAUAGAGGUUAGAGAUAUGAAUAUAUUCUCAUUAAACACCAAAUCGAGACGAGUUCCAGGACCGAUGAUUAGCAGACCGGAGGUUUUGUAUAGUUGCAAAAGCCAGGCGAAACCAAUUCUCCACGACACAAUGUUACAACUUGACGUUGUGAGGGAGAUACCCAUAAUGGGUGUCUUAAAGAGCGACAGUGACUCGAUGUUGUUUGAGGAUGAAGAAGAACAAGACGAUAGCGUUAAGCCUUUAGAAAAAAUGGAAGUGACUGGUAAGAUAGUAACGGCCCUAAAAGUAUCGUUAACCAGAGCCCAAUACGAGCAAGUCCUAGAUACGAUGCAGUGGCUCACUUCCUCGCCUGUUUUACACGAUCUACAUUAUGUGACGGGGACAAAUGUAAGGCCCCAAAAUCCCUUAGGCGACAUAUCUGAAGAAGAUACCGGUGUAACAACAUUAAAUAUGGAUCCCCACGUUAGAGCUAAACUAUUCUCGCCGACUCUACAAUCCGCGCAAAAUAAAAGCUCCGGAAACGUGCCUCAGCUAAAAGUGUCUAUGAAGCUUAGCUUUGAAAUUCCCGUAUUUACCAUAGAGCUGCGCGGGGAAGGCCCGAGCAAUAGUGAACAGGGUUUAGUUGACCUCAGCUUCCGAGAUUUUGUCUUCAGUUAUGAAAAAUGCCAUAAGUUUGAAACUAAUAUUCAAGUCUCGCUGCGGUCUAUUUUUAUGGAGGAUUUGCUCUUGCCAGAAGGAUCCAGACAACGUUCGAUGGUAAUUUCGUCAAAUAAUCCAGAGCCGCCUCCUAACACCUCUUGUGUAUCGAGGUCUUGUCCCGACAUAACGUACCAUAAUCACAUGGCCUCGUUAUCCAAUGGCAGUUUACCGGACCAUUUAGAAACAGCGAAUGUUUUUGGCGUUGGGCACUUUAGACAUCAAUUGGCAAAUGGAAUUGAGCAACAUUCUAAACCCCUUUACCCUUGUACCCCACCGCCAAGCCCCACCCAGGGAUCUGGCCGCCCUAGACCAGAACGAAAUCUCGUGUUGAUAACGACACUUCUAGUGGACCCUUCGGCACCUAAUUUUGACACUAAGUAUCAUUCAACGCAAAGAUCUACCUCGGUAGACUUUAACUGCUUGGACCUGGUUAUAAGUGUGCCUUCUUGGGCCGCCGUGAUUGAUUUCUUUAGCGGCAACGUCGGAACAAGUAAAACUGGAUCUACACUAAAUUUGAACAGUGGCGGGGAUGAAGCAAAAGUACGCAACGGGAAUAAGAAAACCAAGGUUGCCACUAAUAUAACGGUAUGCUCUCUAACAGUGGUCCUCGUAAAACCCGACAGAGAUAUAGCGAAAGCCAACAUAUCAAAUGUGGAAGUUACUGUCAAGAUUGAAGGACUGCAGAAGGAAGUAAAAGGCAUAUUAGGGUCCAUGUCACUUCUGGAUUUGACAUUGCAUGGACAGAUUUACAAGGAACGUUUUUUGACUUCGGGAAAGGAAGCGUUGCAGUUCAAAUAUAUAAGACAUCCACCAGAUGGCAAAAAAGACUACGACACCCAGCUAACAUUAGAUAUGGCAUCGGUUAUGUACGUGCACACAAAAAGAUUUGUGGCAGAAUUACAGGCAUUCUUCAAUAAGUUCGUCGAGCGACAGGAAACUGUUUUAAAAGGAUUGCAAGCUGCUACAAGCGGAAAACUGGUAUCUAGUGAACCGUUACGUCUCUCGCUGAUUCUCAAAGCCAAAUCUCCAAUAAUACUACUGCCCUUAAGCUCCAAAUCUUCCAGUUUGGUCAUAAUAGAUUUAGGAAAGCUUUUGGUGACCAAUAAGUUUCGGUUUUCCGGAGAAGAAGGCACUAUAAGUACUCUAGCGGAUCCAGAAACGCAAAAAAAGUGUCUCUUGGAAGUCAUGCAAAUUGAACUGGAAAAUAUGGAUCUUUACACCGGUGUUAAAGAUAGCGAGCUCACUCCAACAAAGUCCAAUGAUAGCUUCAAGUUUGGUUCUUGUCUUAUAAUGCGAAAAGGACCUUCCUUGCUAACGAAAAAGUUUGAGUUAAAAUUACAAUAUGAGAGGAAUCUCCACAAGGACUUUUGCCAUAUUGUUCCUGACAGUAGCAUAUAUGGUCAUUUAUCCACAUUGGACUGUGCACUAGAUAUUCAUCAGUAUAAACUGAUUAGAGGGCUGUUAAUUUAUAACUUAGGUGAGGAUACAGAGAGAAUUUAUCCGUCAGUAUCAACAGGCCGUGCUCCAGUAGAGACUGAACAUCAAGAGGAAUGGAUUUUAUCUUCUAUAAAGUUAGACAUGCAAAAUGUGUCUUUGCGUCUAGUCAAAAGUCAUUCAUACCAUUCACCCCUCACCUGCAUCAACUUUAUCAAAUCCCAUUUAACCGUUGAGACUUUUAGUAACUUAAGUCAGGACGUGGAUUUGGUUUCGCAAGAAAUUUUAGUCGUCGAUACCAGAUUCCAUGGAUUAGAGACUGAACAAAUGCAAGUAAAAUGCAACGUUUUCACAAACAUUUUGCAGCCAAUCAAAAACUUGACAGAUAGUAAGGACCUUGUUCAGGCUGAGAUCCAUUCCAGAAGGCGACAGGAUCAUACAAAAGUCACUAUUUUAUUGAAUAAUAUGAGGCUAAUGGCGAUUUUCGAUUGGUGGGAAGCAGUAAGAGAAUACAUUUUCCAAGAAAUCGAUAAUGUCCAGGCCAGUCCUGAACGUCAAGCUGUCGGCAGAACACGAUCGCACUCUCCAAAUGCCAUGUUUGAGCUAAAAUUAAACGUCACCGAUUCUGAACUGGUUCUAGUUGAAAAUUCAAGUCAGUGGGAUUCAAAUGCCGUCAUUCUUAAAAGCACUACAGUUGUAACCUACCGACCUAACCAAGAAAAGCCGUUAUCUUGUAGCCUCAAUAACUGCGAAAUGUUUUCGUGCAUCCUGGGAGAGGAAAACGAAACUGCUUUGUCUAUUAUUGACCCCGUGACUCUCAACAUCGACUUAGUCUCAAAUGGACUUUUAGAAGUGCAGAUGCAAUUUUUGACUGUCAGAUUGUCUUAUCAUGACAUGUGCAUGUUUAGGCAAAUGUUAGACUCUCUUCCCAAACAGAUGCUCUCUGGUAAAGAUGCACAAUCCACGCCCAACUAUAAGAACCAAAUCCAGACAUUGACAGCGUUAGGUUUUCAAAAAGAAGACUGCAUACGAGCAUUGGAAUUGUGCGACAAUAAAUUGGACGACGCGGCCAUUUGGUUAACGCAGAACGCCGAGAAUAUUGGAGAGUGUAAAGAUAAAACACUGAAUGUACAUACAGUAGAGGUGAGGGCCAAUUGUAUAUCCAUCUGUAUUAUUGAUGACUGUGGAGACUCUGAUGUGCCACUACUUGAGGUGUCCUUAUCUGAUUUAGAAUUGAGCCAGAUGAUUUCAGUAUUGGACUUAAACCUUUCCUCUCGAGCCUAUUUACAAUGUAGUUUAGCCGGCAACUAUUAUAAUAGAGUUCUCUCUGGCUGGGAACCUAUUUUGGAACCUUGGAUGUGUAAAGUAAUGUGGGAAAAGUCCCCUUCUCAGAACCUUAUUAACAACCGUUUGAUGGUGAAAGUUGAAUCGGAGCAUACAUUUAACAUCAAUAUCACUUCAACCUUAAUGACCUUAUUUAAGCAAGUAAAAGAAAACUGGACUUCUGAUCUAUUAAGAAAUUCCGCCUUAAAACGAAGAUCUCCAUUUGUGCCAUUUGCCUUAAAAAAUAAUACGGGAACUUCCUUAAAGUUUACCACACAUAUAAGCGAUUGGAAUAUGCCGAACAAGUCGGUUGAAAAACACGAAGGAUGGUGGGAGGCACAGCCCGGAGAAACCGUGCCAUUUAGUUUUACGACCCGAGAUAAGCUGCGACAUCAGAAUUCACAUAAGCUAAGAAUGCAUCAAUUGGGUGUGAAAAUUGAGGGAUGGCAACCGCUUGAUGCCGUUACGGUGGACAAAGUGGGAACAUAUUUCAGAGAUACGCCAUCAGAAGCACAAAAUAGAUAUUCAGACAUACUCCCUGCAAGGGUGGUUUUUGAUAUUGCCUUAGAAGGUUCGGCAAGAAAAUUGGUAACUAUACGGUCUGCAUUGAUGAUUAUUAACAACUUACCCGAGAUCAUUGAAGUUAAACUCGAAAGUCGACUUCCUCAUGAUAAUGUUACUUUUUGGGUUCCUUGUACAACAUUUACUAUCGAUCCUAAAGAAAGUUUGGCGGUACCUUUGAUACAUACCCAUUCCCAGAUCCAUGUCAGACCAAAGGGAUUGAGCCAUCAGUAUACGUAUUCGUCUACAGCAAUGACUUGGGAUCAGAUGCAAAAUAACGUUGAUAGGAUGUUUAUUUUGGGCACGUGUCAUACGCACAAAGGACAUAAUUAUAGGUUUUGUGCAGAAAUAAUAAAAGAAAAAGUUCUAAUAGAAAGAAGUACAAGAGUGGAGCAACCUGCCCAUAGAAUAUUUCUUCAUCCAACCGUAAAAAUUGUUAACCUUCUGCCUGUAGAUAUGCAAUAUAUUAUUUCUAAAGAAAAAGGGGUUAUUAAAGCUGGACAGAAUGCUGCUCUAACCAGCAUUAAUCCAGACGAAACUGUCGAUCUAGAAAUACGAAUAGAUAAUUUUAAAACAUGCACGAAUAUUAUCAUACCCUAUGGAACAUCAGAAUUUUCCUGUAGAAUUAAAUUGGAAGACAGCAAACAGCGCAAACUAUAUCUUACAGCGGAGAUUUUGGUUAAUCGACAUGCCAAACUUAAGAUAAACAUUUUUGCUCCCUACUGGAUCGUAAAUAAAACAGGUCUGCCAUUAGUUUUUAAGCAGUCAGGUACAUCAACCGAAGCCGCUGGUCAAUUCGAUGAACACGAACAGGCCAGGAUGGUCUCGCCCAUGCUUUUUAGUUUUUCAGACCAAGAUGCUAGCAGUACCAUUAACGCUAGGGUUGGUAGAAGAGUGGUCUGGGAUGGAACGCCACAAUGGUGUUCAAACUUCCAUGCUCGAAAAGGCACUCAACAUAGAAAACUACAUGUAACCAUCCGGGAUAAGUCUGAUAGGGUCUUUAUAGUUGGUAUUGAAGUAAGACAAGGAAGGGGGAAAUAUAGAGGGACCCAUAUAAUAUCUAUUUCUCCCAGAUACCAGUUGCACAAUAGAAGCUCUUAUAAGUUAGUUUUUGCGCAGUCCUAUUUAGUCAAAGAAAAUAACGGUGAAACUCCGUCCAACCAAAAAUCAUUUCUUAAAGCUUUGCCUAACUCUUAUACGCCCUUCCAUUGGUCCAGUUUGGAUAAGCCACAAUUACUGUGUGUUUCUAUCGAAGAUAUUCCAGAUUGCUGUUGGUCUGGGGGAUUUAAGAUCGAUUCGAAUAACUCGAUGCACAUUAAUAUACGAGAUCCGAAUUCAAGAGUUUAUUUUCUACGACUGGAAGUAGUUCUUCAAAGUGCAACUUUCUACAUAAUAUUCACAGACGCCGAUACGAUGCCACCGCCAAUCAGAAUUGACAAUUUCUCUGAAGUGCCCAUUAAGUUUGGUCAGAGUUGUUUUAUAGAUGUUAUGCACAGUACAGCAAGGGCACAUUCAAGCGUACCAUAUGCAUGGGAUGAACCUACGAAAAAACCGCUUAUAAAACUAGUCGCUCCUGGGGGUGUUUCAAAGUUAUGCGACGUUAACAAUUUGGGCCUAGUAGGUGAACUGACGUACGAGAACUUCAUCUACAUUGCUUUUGUUGGAACUUUUAAGAACGCUCAUAGAGUGAAAGAUCCCCAUGACGUGGAGUGUCAAGAAUUAGUAUUGGACGUAGGAAAAAAGAAUAAGGUUUUUCUAGCGCGGAAGAUCCCCAGUCAAAGAUCGCAAUUAUGGAGGAUGACCCUAGAAGGUUAUUUGGUCCAUGAAGGCAGUUGUCCGCCAAGCCACCCUAAUGCACAGAGGUCUCAAGAGAACCUUCUUGUUUUGGAUAUAGCGGAUACUGCGCCUCAACCCAACUAUUAUUCGAGCGAUUUUAAAGAUAGAUAUGGUAGUGUUAGUCCGAGGCAGCAAGCCAAAAUAUUUAAUUCUGUUGGCAGACUCACAUUACGGCGCAUAGAUCCUCGUAGACGGUCUACUCAACGGUGGAGAUUUACUGAAAACGGAAGACUCUGUUGUGACCAUCACAAUAUGUGCGUUCAGGCAGAGGACGGUUUUUACGGACUCAGAGAAGGAAGUUUAGCGGUACUUGGUCUUCCGCAACCUACAUGCCACAAAUUAACAGACAAGGGGGUGCCGAUAGAACAAGCCGUGGAAUUUCAAAGGCUAAGACCUGGGUCUGGAACUUUGCGAAUUGAAAUCAACAUGGAUGGGCCCACGCAGGUAAUUACUAUAAAAGAUGUUCAAGAGACACGAACUUAUGCUCUUCCAGACGAUAGAGAAUGGGGAACAAUAAGCCAAAGGCCACGGCUUGUGGUCAACGAUGUAAAUUCAAAUAACGAAGCCGAUGAACUUCAAUUUAACCUAGAUAUAAAGGGCCUAGGCAUCAGUGUUGUAUCUAGAAAGGCACCGGAAGAGUUACUUUAUGCGUAUUUUUCCAAUAUUAUCGCCGAAACGAUUUUUACUUCGGAGUAUAAGCAAUUUUGCGUGAGCGUCAAAGAUAUGCAAAUUGACAAUCAGCUGCUUGAUGCUACUGUUCCUGUAGUUCUAUACGUUACUCCUCCAAAAGCCACUGAUGAAGCCACCGAUUUUUUGCCAGCUAUAGACUUAAAGUCCGAAAUUCAACCUCAGACUAAUGAAAACGCUGUAAUCUUUAAGCAUCUGAUAUUAAGACUUAAGAAAAUCACAGCAAUAAUCGAAGAGAGGCUUCUUUUAAAAGUACUGGCUUUUAUCGGGUUUCAUUCUAAAGAGGAAGAAGUACUUUAUAAAGACGAGACCGACUAUGAAACGCAGCGAUUAUUAACCGAAGUUUCCGCCUCCACAUCAAAACGAUACUAUUUUGGUGUAUUAAAACUCAUUCCUGAUGAAAUUCGCCUUAGUGUUAGAACGGCUACCAAGUUGUCAAAACAACUACAGAGAAUAAAGAAAAAACUCGGCUUGACCUUAAUAAAAUUUGAAGACGCUGCCAUACUGUUAGAGCCAUUCGACCGAAAGCAUCCCUUUGAAACUAGCCAGUUCUUGAUCAAGAGUAUCGUAAAACAUUUCAAAGAUGAAUUGAGAUGGCAAGCAGGCGUUAUUCUCGGCUCCAUCGAUUUUAUUGGAAAUCCACUUGGACUAAUGAACGAUGUCUCCGAAGGGAUUUCUGGUUUUAUUUUUGAAGGAAACGUUGGGGCGCUUGUAAAAAAUGUUACGCAUGGUUUAUCGAAUUCUGCAGCCAAAGUCACCGAAUCGUUAAGUGAUGGUUUGGGAAAAAUCGCAAUGGAUGAUUACCACGAGGAAAUGAGGAUGAAAAUUAGACAGGUGGAAACCGGAAAAUCCUCCGACCACAUUUUAGCGGGUAUUAAAGGACUUGGUUUCGGUUUUCUCGGAGGAGCCACUGGUAUUUUCAAACAAGUUUACGAAGGCGCAUCAAACGACGGGAUAUCGGGAGUAUUUUCGGGAUUCGGCAAAGGUGUAGUGGGAGCUUUUACAAAACCGGUGGUCGGCGUAUUAGAUUUUGCUUCGGAAACAGCCAGAGCUGUCAGAGAUUCAAGUAGAAGUAAGCUAAUACCUGAAAGAAAAAGGUUACCAAGAUGUGUGCAUGGCCCUGCUGGCCUUUUACCAAAAUAUGACGGGAAACAGAGCCAAGGACAACAGUUUUUGUUUAUGGUAAAUGACAAACGAUAUGAAGAAAAACUGCUGGCCUACCAAAUUUUGGGUAACGCUUCCGAGGAUCUUUUAUGCAUCGUUUCGGACAGAAUGAUUAGGAUAGUCACCACUGUUAAAUUUCCAGAAUUGACUACAGUGAUAGAAUGUUCCCUAAGUGAUUUGGAAAGCUGCAACGUGAUAAAGGAAAAAGAAAGCGGUGAAUCCAGAUACUACAUAGAAAUUGUAAUGCACUAUUCUGGUCCGAACGCGAUCCUGGUCAACGCAGAUCCAAUAAAACGACCGAGAGUCCGCUGUAGAACGGCCGAACUCGCUCUAACUACCGCACAACAAAUUAAUUACGCCAAAUCUCUUUACGUGGAACAGCUUUACACUUUGACCAGUGACGAGAACGUUACUAUCUCAGAAGACUGAAGAUUGUAUAUAACAUGUAUCGAAUCAGGUAUUUUAGCUUAGGUGCAAAGGUCUAUGUACAAACAUAAUAAAGAUAAUUCUGUAAAUAUAUGUAUACUAGGAGAA